UUUGUUUACUCCGAUUUCAGCCCCAGCUCCGGCGCCCAAUCCACUGCAAGUGACGGCGGACCUCGACGCCGGCCGCCACAACCGUUCUCCAUAGCCGAUGUUACCGUGUGGCUGGAGGAUAUAAUCCUCUGACUCGUGUUCCGUCCACCCAUGGCAACUCGCUCCCUCCUCGCCCAAGCCCAGUACCCCAGCCCACGGCUCCCCUCCAACCUUCGGCCCUCCCUCUCCCACCACAAGCAACCUACUGCCGUCGCCAAGCGCCGCCGAGCCCCAACCCCCUUCCAUCCGGCCUUCUCUGCUGCCGUCCGCGGCCGUCCAAAGAAAAUCCCAAUCCCGGAAAGCGGCGAGCCAGCCGCCGGCGUCCGCGUCACCGACCGUGGCCUCGCCUACCAUCUAGACGGCGCGCCCUUCGAGUUUCAGUACAGUUACACGGAGUCACCGCGCGCGCGCCCCGUCGCGCUCCGCGAGGCCCCGUUCCUGCCGUUCGGGCCUGAGGCAACUCCGCGCCCAUGGACAGGGAGGAAGCCGCUGCCCAAGAGCCGCAAGGAACUCCCUGAGUUCGACUCCUUCGUGCUGCCGCCGCCAGGCAAGAAGGGGGUGAAGCCCGUGCAGUCUCCGGGGCCAUACCUCGCCGGCAUGGAGCCAAGGUAUCAAGCAACGUCCAGGGCGGAGGUCCUCGGGGAGCCUCUGUCAAAGGAGGAGAUCGACGAGCUCGUCAAGGCGACCCUCAAGACCAAGCGGCAGCUAAAUAUCGGUAGGGACGGUCUAACGCAUAAUAUGUUGGAGAACAUUCAUUCGCAUUGGAAGAGGAAGAGAGUGUGCAAGAUAAAAUGCAAAGGUGUAUGCACGGUUGAUAUGGAUAAUGUCUGCCAGCAGCUAGAGGAGAAAGUUGGAGGAAAAGUAAUUCAUCGUCAGGGGGGUGUGAUAUUCCUCUUUCGUGGUAGAAACUACAAUUACAGAACUAGGCCAAGUUAUCCACUUAUGCUCUGGAAACCCGCUGCACCAGUCUACCCUCGAUUGGUUAAAAAGAUCCCAGAUGGCUUAACUCCAGAUGAGGCAGAAGAUAUGCGCAAGAGAGGACGUCAGUUACCACCAAUAUGCAAACUUGGUAAAAAUGGUGUUUAUCUUAACCUUGUGAAGCAAGUUAGAGAAGCAUUUGGAGCAUGUGAUCUUGUCCGGGUUGAUUGCUCAGGUCUCAAUAAAAGUGACUGCAGAAAGUUAGGAGCUAAACUUAAGGAUCUAGUUCCCUGUACCUUACUGUCAUUUGAGUUUGAACAUAUACUGAUGUGGAGAGGAAAUGAUUGGAAAUCAUUUCUUCCUCCAUUAGAAGAAAAUAAUUUUGAAGUGGCACACGAGCAGAUUUUGAAUAGUGAAGUUGCAGAUUCUGGAAGUGCUCUGAUCCCACUUGAGCUGGUCAAUAACGCCAUGUCUCUCAAGAAUAGUAACUUGGUUGAAGGUAAAGAAAAAGUGGAAGAUUCCAUGAAGUAUAGUCUUGAAAAUGGUAUGACUUUGGAUCCUGUGGGUGCAAACCCUGGAGUACACAAUUCUGUGGGUGUAGAUGGAACUGAGUUCUCAGCUGUUGCCCCAUUUGAAUUUUCUCCUUCAAAUCCAGCAAGUGAUUUAGGUCCAUCUCAAAGGUCGGCACUACAUUGUAAAAGUGUCCUAUUGGACAAGAGUGAAAAUGGAGAACUGGUUGAGAUGUACUCUGGUAGCAGUGGAAGCUCAGAACAAUCUUCAGAUGUACCGGAAGCUUUACCUCAACUAAUUGGAAGCAGUGAAGAGAUUCAUGAGUUGGAAACUAUGAGAAGAAACAGGGAACAGUUAAAGGGCAGCGAUGGUGUUAACAGUGGUUCCAUAGUGCCUUCGUACAUGGAAGUAAUUUUACUCCUUUUGAAACAGGCCGUUGACAGUGGCUUGGCACUUGUUCUGAAUGUGAAUGAGUUUUCUGAUGCUGAUGAUGUUUACCAAAAAUCUGUUGCUUUUGCAAAGAGAGCUCCACGAUACCCAGUAUUCCGGCAUACACCAAGGAAGUCCCAUGGUGCCCGGAAAAAUGAACCAGCCAAGAAUAUAAGGAUAAAUAAGGAUCUUGAAGAGAAUAAAGUAUCUGAUCAUGUCAGAAAGAAAGAUAAUGUUAUGGGAGCAUCAGGAAUGCACAGAAAUGAUCAUGCACAUGAGUUUUUAUCAGAUGUUGUUCCGCAAGGUACCUUAAGAGUAGAUGAACUUGCUAAAUUACUAGCUUAAAGGUAAUUAUUCCCUUAUUAACCGAAGGCCUGUUGCAUUAUCAUCCUUGAAUUCACGUGCAAAAUAUCCACAUGUACAUUGAUAUGG